AUGGGUUGUAUUUAAAUAAGAGAAAAAAAAAGAGAAUAAUAGAAAUAAUAUGUUAAAGUUUUAGAACUUUUAAGAUCUUCUCCAUCAUCUCAUAAAAGCCUCAAAAUUGAUUUAUAAUAUUAGAAUAUAAUUGGUGAUUAAGGUGCAUCAGACUUAUAUUCUGCUUUAGCAAAUUGCACUAAUCUCUAAAAUUUGACACUUGAUCUUUUUGGAAAUUAAAUUGGUGUAAGUGGUGUAUCAAGCUUAGGUUUUGUUUUAGCAAAUUUCACUAAUCUCUCAAAUUUGACACUUUAUCUUCGUGAAAAUUAAAUUGGUAAUUAAGGUACUUCAGACUUAGGUUCUGCUUUAGCAAAGUGUACUAAUCUCUCAAAUUUGGCACUUUAUCUUAGCUUCAAUUCAAUUUAUGAUGAAGGUGUAUCAAGCUUAUGUUCUGCUCUAAAAAAUUGCACUAAUCUGUCUAAUUUGACACUUGAUCUUAGUUCCAAUAAAAUUGGUGGAAGUGGUGGAGCCUUAGGUUCUGCCUUAACAAAUUGCAAUAAUCUCACAAGUUUGACACUUGAUAUUAGCUUCAAUUCAAUUUGUGAUAAAGGUGUAUCAAGCUUAUGGUCUGCUUUAGCAAAUUAUACUAAUCUCUCUAAUUUGAUGCUUAAUUUAACUUUCGUUUAAAUUGGUGAUUAAGGUGUAUCAGACUUAAGCUCUGCUUUAACAAAUUGCACUAAUCUCUCAAAUUUAAGGCUUAAUCUUGGUUCCAAUAAAAUUGGUGCAAGUGGUGUUUCAGCUUUAGGUUCUGCUUUAGCAAAUUGCACAAAUCUUUCAAAUUUGACACUUGAUCUUAAUGGAAAUUAAAUUGAUGCAACUGUUGCCACAGGUUUAGGUUCUGCGUUAGCAAAUUGCACUAAUCUCUCAAAUUUGACACUUGAUCUUAGUUAGAAUAUGCUUGUUGGUUAAGGUUAUUAUUAUUAUGAAAAAUAAUAAUAAUUGAAAGUAAAAAGUAAAUGUAUUAAAUCGAAAACGUUAGUUGCCAUUAAAAUAAAAUUCAAGUGAUAAACUUUAGAUGAAAAUGGAUGAAUAAAUAUUAAAUAUAUGAAUAGUAGAAAAUAAUAUAUUUUCUUAUAUAAUGUUUUGUAAUAAAAUAAUUUAACCAAAAAUAUAGAUAGAUAGAU